GUGUGCGAUCUACUCUGUUGACCUAAAUUAAAAACCUAAUGUUCAAAGUAUCCUUGUCGGGACAUACGCUUGCAAUUGAAGCCAUUUCGUAAAGGAUUUUCUUUUUUCUGACAACUGCAAGAUUCCCGAUGGCCAUUAACACACGGCUUUGAAUCCAGUGGAUAAAGAACCCGAUCCUCUAUCCUUCUCCACAUAAAUACAAGUGUUUUUUUUCUGCAACAUGCUUCUAGCCUAUGAUGUGCGCCUAACCCAUAUAUACUUGCUAUGCUCUUAUCACUAGACCAAAGUCCCGGAGGACAGUGCAGAAAGGCAGUCUUAAGUGUUCACAUUGAUGAUUAGGCUGUGGAGCAAUUUCUAUUUUCUUUGACUUGAUUUUAAUUACCCAUCCUUCCCUUCAAUCCUAUAAGUAUGGCUGAUUGGGAACAUAAGGUGUGAUAACUUAAUAUCUUUGAUCAAAGACUCAAUACAAUCUUGUAGCUGACAUCGAUUUGAGCUGUAGCAGCAGGGACUAAGUUAGAGAUUUUGUCUCUGAGCUGGAGCUUUUAUUCCCAAACAUUUAGGAGAUUGAAGAUUUCUUGAUGGAAGAAGGAGAUUCUUCUGUAAGGAGAUGGGAGGACCUCGAUAUUGAUAUCUUGGUGAAGAUACUCCAGUCUUUUGACCUUUUUGAGUUGACUUCUGGACUUGCUCAUGUUUGUAGUGCGUGGCGAUUGGCUUGUACUGAUCAACUUCUUUGGAUGACGCUGGACUUGUCGAUAUUAAAAUCAAAUUAUAUCAAAAUCCCAUUAGAGCCAUAUGUAUAUGUGGACUGUCAGUCGGAUAAAACAUUGACCAGCCUCCUGAAGAUUUGUUUGAACCUCAGUAGAGGAAACAUACGAACAUUAAUCUUCCAUUACAAUUUGUAUGUCAGCGACGAUCAGUUGACUUAUACUGCCGAGAGGUGUCCACGUCUAAAACGUCUCGUUAUGCCUGCUUGGAACAGAAUAAAAAAGACAGGAAUAUGCAGGGCUAUUCAUAUGUGGGAAGAUCUUGAAUCACUGACGAUGCCUAGUAUAGCAAAUCCUCCGUAUGUCAUGGAGGAAAUUGCAAGGAGUUGCAAAAAUUUUGCUGAGCUCAAGAUAAUGGGGCCCUGUGAUAUGCUCUUUGCAUCUACACUGGUAUCAUUUCUUCCAAACUUGAAAGUGUUGAGUGUGAGGUGCACAUUGUUAUCUAAAAGUGCCUUGGUUACUAUCUUGGACGGGUUAAAAAAGUUGGAAGUGCUCAACAUCUCUCAUUGCGUAAUUACUGAAGACCCUCCACCUGCACCAAAGAAAAUUCUGACCAAACUUGAUCAUUCAAUUGUCGAAAAAGCAUCUAGGUUACACAAAUUCCUAACCUGCAUGAGUGACUCAUGCAUCAUGUGUCAGCGCUGUCGAAAUGAUGAAGGGCUGAUGAGGUGGUAUAAGUAUGAAGAACUCUGGAAAGUGGAUGAGGUGAGAUCUCUUGCAAUUUGACAACUUUAAGAAUGUGUUGCUGCUUCAUUAGUUAAGGUCCAGUAAUAUAUGUAAACUUUGUGUAUAUGAAACAUAAUAAAACCUUGUCAUCUUGAAUGGAUGUGGAUCAGCGUCCAGUUUGCCAGCAGCAAGUAUUAUCCUUUUGGUGGCAAAAGGGAGAGUAGCUUUGUAGCACAGGGAGAAAUAUAAACAAAUCUUCCAUGUAGCUUAGUGCUAUUUCUGUGUUGUAAUUUUGAAAGUUUUUAGUCUAUUCUCUUUGACAGACUUGUAUCCAUUUACAUAUGUAUUCUCAAGCAUUUUAAGCUCACUUUUCAAUCA